AAUAUUGAAAUUAUUAAUUAACUUAAUGCCUAGUUCAACGUUAUUCCUCUUCUAAAAAUGUUGUCUUAAAAAUAUUGUCAAGAAAACGACAGCCUUAUAACAUAUCAUAAAAAUACUGGUCUGCAAGCUGGCAGCUCUGUCCUCAUCAGCUGUUAGCAUCCAAAAAUGUCCAACUUACGGCGCGAGGUGCUAAGUACUUUUAAGAAGCUCCAUCGGACACGACAGUAUGUGUUUCAAGGCGAUGCGAACGCUUUAGCGGCAGGACGACUAAAAAUCAAUGAAUCUUUCCUGCAGAACCGCAACGAAACCAACGAGGAUGAGAUUCAAAAGAUGAUCAAACUGGCGCAGGAUGUGGACUUGGAGCUGCGCACGAAUGUGAUCCAAGCCCAAAAGAAGGAUGACGGUGUUUAUGAGCUCAGAAUUACGCCGGAGACGACGCGGCUGGACAAUGUGGUCUUCAAUCCCGAUGCAGUGAUCGAGAAACCUCGCAGGCGGCGUGGUGAAAAGAACACCGAAGGUUGCUGCGGCGGAGCUGCUAUGGCGGCUUUGGAGUCCGAGGUCCAGGCCCGCAACAAAUAAAAAUUAUGUAUAUUAAUUAGCUCUAGUCAAAAUGCUUUUGUUCUGAUCAAGAAUUUCGUUUAUCUUUA